CAAUCAAAAGGAAAUCAUAAGAACACAACAGAAGAUUAUGAUCCACCACCAUUAGAAGCUUUUAAGCUAUCAAAAAAAGAAAAGAGAUCCAUUGGUAAUGGCAGAUUCCGACAUAGAGACGAGCAGCAACCACAAUAGCAACAGCAACACCAGCCGUUCAACCUCAUCGACCACGAGUGUUCAUGUUACGGCUCUCGAUGGGAUUGUAAGUGCUAAUUCUCUCUUCACGGUUGCAGUCUUUGUCGGAAUCUCCUUCGACCAGCCACGUGACCUUAGCCUCACGGACAGAUCCGAGUGCAAUGCGGGACUAGACGUGGAACGGGACCUAGUUGUGUUUGAAGUCAUCUCAUUUGCCUUCUUCCUCUUCUCCUCCCUAGUGGCUCAAGGGAUAAAGCUAUCCAUCAACCUUUUGAACAGCAAAGAAACGGAUGAAGUGUUUAAAGCAAAUAUCAAUAGUGAUGUGCUUCGUUUCGGUGUGCUUGGUGCAGCUGGUGGAUGUAUCUUGGGCUGUGUAUUUCUUUUGUUGUCAAUUGUUGAUGUUAUCCAACUCCGUCUCGGGCUUCUCUCCUGCGGCAAUGCUUUGACGAUUCAUACCGUGCUAGCGCUUGUGGUCUUGGUCUCUUCUGCUCUCAGUGUUUACAUCUUCACUGUGUUUUACUCUUUCAGGAAAUGAUUGAUCUAGAGUAACAAAUAGUUGUGAACUUA